UCUCACCACUCACACAACCUUACCACUCUCUCAUCACUCACACACUCUUCCCACUCUCUCACCACUCACACAACCUUACUCACCACUCACACAACCUUACCACUCUCUCAUCACUCACACAACCUUACCACUCUCUCAUCACUCACACAACCUUACCACUCUCUCACCACUCACACAACCUUACCACUCUCUCAUCACUCACACAACCUAACCACUCUCUCAUCACUCACACAACCUAACCACUCUCUCACCACUCACACAACCUUACCACUCUCUCAUCACUCACACAACCUUACCACUCUCUCAUCACUCACACAACCUUACCACUCUCUCACCACUCACACAACCUUACCACUCUCUCACCACUCACACAACCUUACCACUCUCUCAUCACUCACACAACCUUACCACUCUCUCACCACUCACACAACCUUACCACUCUCUCAUCACUCACACAACCUUACCACUCUCUCACCACUCACACAACCUUACCACUCUCUCAUCACUCACACAACCUUACCACUCUCUCAUCACUCACACAACCUUACCACUCUCUCACCACUCACACACUCUUCCCACCCACACAACCUUACCACUCUCUCUUAA